CGAGGGGGUACAACAACCACGUUCGAGCCUGUGGUAAAGCAAAGGAGGCAGAUGUAAGGUCUAUGGAAUAUGAGGAGGUCUUGAGAACACGGGCACGGGCACGGGAAGAGCAACGAGCCGCUCUACAGGGGGGCUCUGACAGCUAUUCACCAAUGCUGGGCGGUGACUUCGACUCGGAUCAGGUCAUUGCUCAAGAUCCAGACUCAUCUGAAGCUGUUGGUGCACCAGAUAUCAUGAAUGCUUGUAAGUAACCUGCUUCCUGUGGUCAGUGCUGAUUGUCAUGGUCUUGUAGUCCAGGGCACUACGCUCUCUGCUCAAGAGU